AUGACACCUCUUACGCCUCUCUCACCAUUCAGCGUGACAAACCCCCAACGCAAGCUGGCAGACUGGACUCUGGCCGAGGCUACAUCCCCUUGGUUCCAUUUCCUCAAGCACUUCCCAUGGUCGGACACACCAUUUGGCGCUAUCGAAACUUGGUCUCUGGAGUUGCGACGCUCGACUGCGAAAAUCAUGAACUCGCCAGACCCCCGCAUCCUCAUCUUCGGCGACGAAAAGGCUGUCAUGUACAAUGAAGCCUUCGCUGCCAUCAUCGGCCGACACCAUCCCAGCUCUUUAGGCGCUCCUCUUCCUGGUAUACCAGUCGACAAGGUUUUUGAGCUCAUAUACGAUAUGUCUCGGGAUGCCUACGACAAUGGUAAAGGCGCACGACUCAUCAACCAAGAAUUACUUGUCGAUCGUAACGGCACAUCGGUGCAGAGCUUCUGGGACAUAAUCCUUUCACCUUUACCCGGGGCAGAUGGGUAUUGUGAUAGUGUCGUCGGUGAGUUUACCGAAACAACCGACGCGGUUGUACAAGACCAACGGCGAGUGCAAGGCGUAGAUAUUUUUGAGUCCAUCUCCCGAGUGGAGACCUUGUCUGAGCUGUGGCCAAAGUUCUUGGAGGCUCUCGAACACAAUGCACCUGACAUAUCCUACGCUAUGAUCUACAGCGCCGUGGACGAAUCAUCACGCAUUUGUCCUGACGACUUGCCAACGCCUGACGACACUCCGUUAUACAGUCCUUUCGAAACUUCACCAUCGUAUUUCGCCGAACGAUUCCAACUAGUAGAUUCGAUGGGCUUGUCGGCAGACAUACUUGACCCGAUAAUCGACCUCUCCAUUGCGGAGCAUCCGAGUGGUCCCAGUCUUGCUGGUACCUUUCGUGAAGCUCUCAAAACAAACGAUGUUGUCUCUCAUUUCGGCCAAAAACUUCCUCGGGAACUACUGGUCAGUACGUCCGACUCGGUUCGGGUCAACUCAGCUUGUGUUCUACCUGUCUCCGAUCUUAAUGGUAAACCUCUGGCUUUUGCAGUCCUUGGGCUCAAUCCAAGACGUCCAUUUUCUGAGCAAACAAGUGGCUUCAUACACUAUAUCCGUGAAGCGGUCUGCAAGCAUGCCAUCCUGGUCAGUCUACCUAAGGCACAGCAAGACUUCCAAAGGAAAUACGAGGAGACUACCAUGGCUCUGUCGCACCAGCUACGGCUUUCGAUACUAAAGGCUAAGAAGAAGGAGGAGAAGUUUUUGCGGAUCGCUAGAAGCGCACCUCUUGGAAUGUACCUCUAUUCUCCCAAGGAGAGAACCAUCCAGGUCAACGACGCAUACCUUAACAUCACUGGCACCACCAAAGAGAGCCUGAACAGAGAAUCGGCGCUGGAGCUACCAUGGCUGCAAACAGUCUCCGAAGAGUGCCUCGAUACUGCAGUCAAAGAGUGGCAGCAUCUGAUGACCGAGAAGACCCCGUCUGCCAUUGAGUAUAAGAUUCGUGGUUCGCCUGAUGAUCUCAAUCCGAGAUGGGUCUCUGCCACAUCGUUUCCAGAUCUUGAUGAGAACGGUGAUGUCUAUCUGAUUCACGGGUGGCUUGUUGAUAUCAGCGAUCGUGUGGCCAAAGAAACCUUGCUAGCUCAAAGGCUUGAAGAUGCUCUGGAGACGAAGAAGGCCACUGAGCACUUCCUUGACAUGGUGUCUCACGAGAUGAGAAAUCCUCUCAGCGCUAUAUUCCAGUGCUCCGACGAGAUAUUGGAGAUAAUCCAGAAACACCUCAAGCAGUCAAGGUCGCCGGAGAUCAUGGCGACUCAAUUCAAGUUACUCGAGGAUGCAGCUCAGACGAUUUCUUUAUGCGCCCAACACCAGAGUAACAUCUUCAAUGACAUACUCACGGUCAGCAAGCUCGACUCUCAGCUACUCACGAUUAUGCCGGGAAAGGUUCGGCCAACAGAUGUAGUGCAAAAAGCGCUCAAGAUGUACGAGCAGGAAGCCAGAAGGAGCGAUAUCAAUGCAUCUCUGGUAGUUCAGGACACCUAUGCCGAGCACAUCACAGGAUUCGUAAUGGUGGACCCGGACAGACUUCUCCAAGUCAUCAUUAAUCUACUGACUAAUGCUAUCAAGCAUACACGAUCGUGUAGAGAGCGAUCGAUCGUCAUCUCAUUAGGUGCUUCCACCUCAGAGCCAGACGAACUUGCAUCAAACCAGGUAGUCUACAUGCCUCAAACCCCGAGGAAGCUCAACAGUCCUUUGACCCCUGCGCCCGAAGAAGAUCACUUCAGCGCUGCUUUCAACGACACAUGUUCCGGAGAGGAAAUCUUUUUGCAUGUUACAGUGCAAGACACAGGUUGCGGUCUGUCGGAGAGCGAGAUGAAUUUGCUGUUCAAGCGAUUCUCGCAGCCCAAAACAUACGGGCAGUAUGGUAGCUCUGGCCUCGGGCUCUUUCUGAGCAAAGAGUUGAUCGAACUGCAAUCUGGCCGUAUUGGUGUAAGCAGUAUAGAGGACGUCGGAACCAGCUUCUCUUUUUACAUCAAAUGCAGGACAGCUGUCGAGGAGCCGGGGCUUAUGACACUCAUACCAACACUCGUUCCCAGCUCACCCCGAAUCAAAGGUCACAGACCUCGUAUGAGUCGAACGGAGGCAUUCGACGAUAAAGACCUUGGCUUCCUACGUCAGCCAUCCCCGGUCAGGAAUUUGCAUGUUCUUGUAGUGGAAGACAAUCCACUCAACCAGCGCCUUUGCGCUAAACAGCUGCGCAAUCAAGGCUGUACAGUUCACACUGCAGAUCAUGGCCUCGACGCCUUGGAGUUCCUUUCCAAGACUAACAUCGCUUCAUCUUCGCCCUCUGCUCUCAAGCUCGACAUAAUUCUGCUUGACAUCGAGAUGCCGGUCAUGGACGGAUUGACUUGCAUUCGGAAAAUCCGAGCUAUGGAGGACGAAGGCUUCUUCAAGCGACGACUACCUGUCAUUGCAGUCACGGCGAACGCUCGUAAUGAACAGAUCGAGGCGGCAUUGGAGGCAGGCGUCAAUGAUGUGGUCACAAAGCCAUUCAGAAUUCCGGAGCUUCUGGUGCAGAUGAGCGCCCUGGUCAGCGGCCGUGAUCUGGGAUGA